AUGUUCCUUAAUCCUGAAAUGAUAAAUGAAGCAUAAGACUCCUCAGUUUAGAAUUAGUAAUAUAGUUCACGACAACAGCCAAAAGGGAGGUCUAAUAAUAUGAAUCGAUUUUAAGUAAAGCAGAAGGAUGAAUCUAAAUCAGAUAAUAAACCUAUGAGUAGAAUUUAAUAGGUAAAUAGUAAUCUCAUAAUAUUAGAGAGAAAUGGAAAUUUCUAAAAAGUAGGUUGAAUCCUAGAUUUAAGAAACUAAUGAUUUAGUUGAAAGUCUUGUUUAGUUUGAUUCGGAUGAUGAAAAAAAUGGAGCAAACUAGAUUAUAAAUCCUUUAAUUCUUAGCCAAUAAGAAUAAGAAGAAUAAACUGUAAAUAUAUUCCCUAUUUUGAGUAAUAAUAACAGGUAAUCUAAUCAAAACCAAAGACUUUUGAUUAAAUUAGCGCAUUGCAAAAUAAUGCCUAAUAUAAAAAGAAACUUGGUUAAAAUGAGUCUUCUUAUGGCUAAGAGUUUGAUUUAAAGAUUGAUUAAGUAAAUAAUAGUCUUAAUUUUAGUUAACAAUAAUUGGAAACAAUCAUAAUUAGUAUUAUGAGCCAGGAUAAUAAAUAAUUAAAACUAAUGAUCUUCCAUAACUUUCAAAAUAAAAUAACACGUUAUAAUUUGAUUAUAAAAAAAAAGCCUAAGAAACUAAAAAUGAGUCAAAAUUGGAGGAAGAUUAAGCUUUAAAAAAUCCUUAACAAUACCAAUAAUUUGAUUAAUAAAAUGAAUAAUUUGAUGACAUUAUUUAAUUAGAUGGAAGUCAAACUGAAAUUUUUUCAGAAAAUAUAGAUAAAGAACAACCAAGUUAAAUUCUCUUUUAAAAUUAAAACAAUGAAAAUGAAAAAUAGGAGAACAUAAAAGAGGAGUCUUCUCAUGAAAUAUUUGAAUAAUGCGAACUAAAGUCUUAAGCAUCAGAAGAGUAGUCACAGUAAUAAGAAUAAUAAUAAUAAUAAUAAUAACAAUAACAAUAAUAACAAUAAUAAUAGUAAUAAUCAAAAUAAACUUGUCCAUAUCCAAAACCAUUGUCCUCAAUAUCAAUGCCUUAUGGUAAGAAACAUUUUCUGGUAAAUCCAGCAGAGAAAGGAGGAAUGAUAUAAUGUACAAUAAAAAGAGAUAGAAGUGGAAUGUGUAGAUUUUAUCCUAAAUAUCAUAUGCAUGUUUCAAAUGGAUAUAUGUAUUUGAUGAGUGCAAAAAAGAGAGCAUGCAACAAUACAAGCAAUUACAUUAUUUCACAAUCGAAAGAUGAUAUGGAAAAGAGUGACAAUUUCUUAGGAAAGGUUAGGAGCAAUUUUAUGGGAACUGAAUUUAUCUUAUAUGAUUCAGGGUUAAAUCCAGAGAAAACAAAAGAUCCAUAAAAAUUAAGACAGCAAUUAGGGAUUGUUCAGUAUGAAAGUAACAUUCUUGGUUCAAAAGGACCUCGUAAAAUGGUGGUAAAUCAUUUGAGUAAAUGAAGGUUUUAUUGCCGAAUUUGAAUGAGCGAGGUUAAUUGUAUGAAUUCAAACCUUCCAAUUCAAAGGAUGGAAUAUUAAAGGAAUAUUUAAACAACAAUAGAGAAUAAAUUGUCACUUAUGUGAAUAGGCCCCCAUAAUGGAAUAGUAAACACAAAGCAUUUGUCUUGAAUUUUUAUUAAAGAGUAGAUAAACCUAGUGUUAAAAACUUUCAACUCAUAGAAGAUUAGAAGGAGGAUAACAUUUUAUUGUAAUUCGGGAGAAUUGGCGAAGAUGAUUUCAAUUUAGAUUUCCAAUAUCCUAUUACUCCACUUCAAGCAUUUUAAAUUGCAUUAACUAGUUUUGAUUACAAAAUUGCAUGUGAAUGA